UAUAAAGCAACAGCAAUGGAAACUCAAGAGAAUUUUAAGGAGGAAGAGUUCAUCUUUCACACCAACAGAUUGGCAGCUACAGAACAAAAGAUGUUUUCUUCAGUGGAGACCUUUGAAAUCAGUGAGUCAAAGCCCAAGAAAAAAUGUGGAGGGAAUUGCAUCACUUCUGCAAUAAUCAUCUACCUAGUGCUGUUUACAGCAGGUGUGGGAUUUCUGGCAAUACAAGUUUUGAGUCUACAGAAAGAAGUGACUUCCCAGAGAUCUUGGCUGCUAACACUGGAGAGGCUGGUCAUUCCCAACGGAACCCUGGAAUCCUCCGUGGACCAAUCAAGUCCAUCUUUCUCCUCUAUGCUGUCCAGCCAGUCACCUCUCAGCAUCAAGAAAGAGAGUCAGUGGUUUCUAGAAAUUGAAAAGGGGAUCACUGAGGUGCAGGCCAGUCAGAAAGAAUUACGUGGAAGGAUAGAUAACAUUACUAUGAACGCAGGGUUUCGAGGAAGCAAAGGUGAUCCAGGCUCUCCAGGACCCCAGGGAAAAAAGGGUGAUGCUGGAUUACCCGGAUUGCCAGGUGUAAAAGGAGAAAAAGGAACCUCUGGAAGGGAUGGAAUUCCAGGACAACCUGGACCUAAAGGAUCACCAGGGAGCCAAGGAGCAGCAGGCAUCCAAGGACCAAAGGGAAUUCCAGGGGAACAAGGACCUGCUGGUAUCACAGGACCCCGGGGUGAGAAAGGCAUCAAAGGGGAUAAUGGCCCAACAGGCCCUAGAGGUGAAGCUGGAGCUAAAGGAGAUAAAGGAGAUCAAGGAUUCACAGGAAGCAAAGGGGAAAUGGGCCAGAAAGGAGACAUAGGUAUAAUAGGACCUCCAGGAUUACCUGGUUUACAGGGUGUCGCUGGGGAACCAGGCAAAACUGGAAUGAAUGGGUCUCCUGGGCCAAAAGGAGAGCCAGGUCAGCCUGGAGCUAAGGGUGUCGCUGGAGUACCAGGUUCAACUGGAAUUCCUGGUGCCAAGGGAGAACCUGGCAAAAAUGGUCCUUCUGGACCACCAGGACCUCCAGGACCAUCUGGACUUAUGGGAGUACCAGGUGCAAAAGGAAACAAAGGAGAUUCAGGGCAUCAAGGACAAAAGGGAACAAAAGGAGAAGCAGGAGUUUCAGGUCCUCCAGGUCAAAAAGGAGCACAAGGAAGUAUGGGAAAUAAAGGUGAACCUGGCUUAAAAGGCACCAAAGGAGAAAAAGGACAGCAAGGUCAGCCUGGACCACAAGGGAUCAAAGGAGAAUCAGGCCAAGCCUCCAAUGUUAGAAUUGUUGGCGACAGGUAUAGAGGCCGUGCAGAAAUUUUCUAUGGUGGUAUUUGGGGCACUAUCUGUGAUGACUCCUGGGAUGACAGAGAUGCCACUGUCUUCUGUGUUAUGAUGGGCUACAGGUCAGGAAGAGUAUUCUCUGCGGCACCAGGUUCUGGAAAAAUUUGGUUGGAUGAUGUUGAAUGCGCGGGGUCUGAAAACACCAUCUGGGAUUGCCCAAAAAGUUCCUGGGGCGUUCAUAACUGUAACCACAAUGAAGAUGCUGGGGUAUCAUGCAGCUGAUUCCUAUAGAGAACAUCCCAUAUUGUCCCCAAAUUCCUUGAAGCUCAAACUGUAAUCUGAUUGUCAAUCCUUAAUUAAAUGAUUAGCUUCAUUCACAAGA